AUGGCUUCGAAGCGGAUCUUGAAGGAGCUCAAGGAUCUCCAGAAAGAUCCUCCUACUUCGUGCAGCGCUGGUCCUGUAGCUGAAGACAUGUUCCAUUGGCAAGCAACAAUCAUGGGCCCCGCUGAUAGUCCUUAUUCUGGAGGUGUCUUUCUAGUAACAAUCCAUUUUCCUCCUGAUUAUCCUUUUAAACCACCUAAGGUUGCAUUUAGAACCAAGGUUUUUCACCCAAAUAUCAACAGCAAUGGUAGUAUAUGCCUUGACAUACUAAAGGAGCAGUGGAGCCCAGCCCUGACUAUAUCAAAGGUGUUGCUUUCUAUCUGCUCCCUCUUGACGGACCCAAACCCUGAUGAUCCCUUGGUGCCAGAAAUUGCUCAUAUGUACAAGACAGACAGGGCUAAGUAUGAAUCAACUGCUAGAAGCUGGACCCAGAAGUAUGCCAUGGGCUAGUCUAAUAAUUGUUAAAAGCUUUUAGGAUAUUGCUUGUCACUACCCAUUGUGUAUAAUUCAAGUUUGCAUUUGUUGUCAUUGCUCCUGUAAUAGACAAAGUGAAGAAUAGAUGGAUACCUUGCUAUUCAUAAAGCUGUCUGAUGCUGUAGGUGUUGUACUUGAUGUCUGAAACUGUUGUAAGGUCAGAAACUAAUGUUGUUCAAUAUAUUUGUUUGUUCUGUUUUCUGGGGACUAAAAUUAA